GCUUUCCCCUGGCAGAGCUGAUUGGUUGCAGUUUUGGAUACCGCGCCUGGGUUUGUAGAGUUGUUUUGGACUCAGUUCGCAGAGAAGAUGAUGGCUGGGCAGGGUGUUCUGCGCGAGCUGCUGGGCCCUCUGCACCCCUAUAAGAGCGACGACGAGGAGGACUGUGCUCAGGAGGAGGAGGGGGAGCAGGACUCGGAGUUUGUGGAUGCGGAGGAGCUCUGCAGCGGGGGCAUCAAGGCGGGCAGCCUCCCUGGGCGCAUGAGAGUGUCUAUUCCCGAUGAAAAUACAAAAGAGAAAUGUACCGUGUAUGGACGUUUCCCACUCAAAGGUCCGUGGUGGCGCGUCAAAGUCCAGGUCGUGAAACCGGUGAGAUCCAAGAGCUAUCAAGUUCAAGGCUUUCCGUCCUACUUUCUGCAGGCUGAUAUGUCGCCACCAGGUCAAAAACAUAUCUGUUCGCUUUUUCUUAAAGAAUGCAACUUAGCCCCUGAGCGCAUACAGGCAUUUUUAAAAUGGGUAGAUGAAGUGUCAAGCUUUGAAAAUCUAAACUUUGAAAAUCUUCGGGAAAUGUUAAGAAAUUUCUGCAGAGAAACCGAAAAGAAAGAUAAAAAGCAGUCUACACAACAUGACCAGGAUGGUGAGCUGAAAGUGGAAAAAUCAUUCCCGUUUAUAACUGCAAUGGCAGCUUUGCGGUUCCCCAAAGUCAUGGAGUUCCUUCCAGUGCUUUUUCCUCGACACUUCAGCAAGCUCAUCAGCUUGUGUUCUGAUUGGGUGCUGGGAAGCAUAGAAGAGAUUCUGGGUACAGAACCAUGGAAGCUUGGCUUCAGAAGAAUAACCUACACAGAACUGAACCUGCUGCGCUGUGAGGCCAGCUGGAUGGCGUUCAGUCAGUGCCCUUCACUGCUCCGGCUGAUGACGACCCAACAGAAGAAUGCAUUGGUCUUAUAUUCUAAGCUGAGGCAGACAUGCAGAGAAGACGGGCACACAUACAUAGAAGUAAAAGAUUUGACCUCGGGCUUGUCAGACCAUAUGUCAUUUGAGAAAGCAUGUCAGUCUCUGGAGUUUCUGAGGGACAUUGGCGUGGUCACCUUUGAGAAGGACUGCGUCUUUCUUCAUGAGCUGUACCAGGCCGAGCAAGACAUCGCCUCCUCCAUAUGCGAGCUGAUGAACAAACCCCCGUGGCAUUUGAAAGUGGACGUGAAGAACGUCCUGGCGUCAAUUAGCGGCGCGAAGCCUCGCGAUCCAGGAAGUGCUGAGGCAGUGGAAGGGAACAAGCCAGAUGAGGUGGGGUCAGAUCAGGGUGCCAGUGUUUUAGACGCCCAAGACAGCGGUGAUCAUGUUAGGAGCAAUGGCGACUACGUUGCGAAUGCAGAAAUAAACGACGUCCCACUGGAUAGAGAUCAGGUGGUCGCCCUGGAAACCAUCUGCACCAAUGCGGUGACUGUCCUCAGCGGGAAAGGCGGCUGUGGGAAGACCACCAUUGUUAGCCGUCUUUUUAAGCAUGUGGAGCAGCUGGAAGAAAGGGAAGUGCAGCGAGCCUGUGAAGAUUUUGAACAAGACCAGGAAGCCUCAGAAGAAUGGCUUGCCUUUCCUAAGCAGAGUCCAGCCGGGGUGGACAAGGCUAUAGAAGUUUUGCUCACCGCACCUACAGGGAAGGCAGCUGGCUUAUUGAGGCAGAAGACCGAGCUUCCGGCUUACACACUGUGUCAGGUCAAUUACAGCUUCUAUAUGUGGAAGAAAAAUGAAGUAGACAAGCCAUGGAAAUUCUCUACAGUUCGAGUUCUGGUUGUGGACGAAGGGAGUUUGGUGUCUGUAGGAAUCUUCAAAUCAGUUUUGAAGUUACUGUGUGAACACGCCAAACUGUCUAAGCUAAUAAUCCUUGGUGAUAUUAGACAGUUACCCAGUAUUGAACCUGGUAACAUGCUGAAGGAUGUUUUUGAGACUCUUAAGUCAAGACAGUGUGCCAUCGAACUAAAGACAAACCACAGGACAGAGUCUCAGCUGAUUGUAGACAAUGCUACAAGAAUCUCCAGACGUCAGUUUCCAGAAUUUGAUGCAGAACUAAGUAUCUCUGAUAAUCCUACGUUACCCCUCUCCAUUCAAGAUAAGACAUUUAUUUUUGUGAGACUUCCUGAAGAGGACCCCAGUUCUCAGUCUAAAGGUGAACACCGAUCUAAUUUAUAUUCCGCAGUUAAAACUUUGCUUCAAGGAAAGGACUUCUGCGCUUUUGAAUGUUCAAAAACAUCGCAAUUUAUUGCAUUUAGAAGGCAAGACUGUGACCUCAUCAAUGACUGCUGCUGCAAGCACUACGCGGGCCACAUCAUCAAAGACCAUGAGAAGAAACUCAUCUUUGCCGUUGGCGAUAAGAUCUGUUGUACCCGGAAUGCGUACCUCGCAGAUUUACUCCCUGACAGUGACCAGGAAGCCAACGGGAAAGGCUUUGGAGAUGCCCCUAACGAUGAUGCUAAAACCAAACAGGAUUUCGAAAGUAGCAUUCGGCUGUGCAAUGGGGAAAUAUUUUUCAUAACACGGGAUGUAACCGACGUAACUUCCAAAAGAAAAAGACUUUUGACCAUUAAUAAUGAGGCUGGCUUAGAAGUGACUGUGGAUUUUAGCAAACUAAUGACAAACUGUCAGAUAAAGCACGCCUGGGCAAGGACCAUUCAUACUUUUCAGGGGUCUGAGGAGAACACAGUCGUCUAUGUAGUGGGGAAGGCAGGCCGCCAGCACUGGCAACACGUUUACACCGCAGUGACCCGGGGCCGCUCCAGAGUGUACAUCAUUGCGGAAGAGUCCGAACUCAGGAGUGCCAUCCGGAAGCGCAGUUUCCCCAGGCAGACGCGUUUGAAACACUUCUUGCAGAAGAAGCUCUCCGACAGCUGUGCACCUUCAGCAGGUUUCUCGUCUCAGCCUUCGAGCCCUCGCCUCGGAGAAAGACCGGGCACGCAGCCUUCAGCAUCUCCCCUCUGUAGAACCCCAGACAACAAAGCUACUGCAAACAGCACCAGGGGUGAGGCAUCGUCUUCAGCCACAGAGGAGAGGUUCUCCUUUGACCAAGGAUGGUUCUCAACUUCCUUCAAUGAUACGGACACAGAAGAAGAGUCAGCGCAGCUCAGACGGUCCAAGAGAGCUGGUGAUGGCUUCCCAUUUGAUGAAGAAAGCCCCAGUAAAUUCCGAAUGGUUGAGGAAUCAUCUCCACAAGUGUCUUCUAUAUUUCAGAAUCUGAGGUUGAAUAACCUAAUUCCCAGACAACUUUUUAAACCCACUGACAAUCAAGCAACAGCUGAGUCAGGUGUGGCGGAUCACGCCAACGAUCCCAGCAAUCAGGAGAUGGAGACAGAUUCCUGAGUUCAUGGCCAGCCUGGGCAACAUCACAAGACCCUGUUCAGACAAUACUACCACCAACAAAAACCUCAAAACAGAAAAAAAAAAUGUUUACUUCAUAUUGCUCAAGAAAUUAUUAUUAUUUUUUCCUUUCAAGACAAGAUGAAUAUUUUAGCUUCAAAGUUUCAAGUUCUGAGAAGACGCCUGUCACUGGCCAUUUUAGUUUUGGGCAUUUGUAUUUUUUCAGCACAUGGCCCAGAAUAAAAUUUUUAUUUUAUUUUUAAAUCUGAGUUUUAAAAGCAGGUAUUUUAAAUUCGCCCAAUCCAAGCAAAACCAUGAUGAAUUCCGCCUCUGUCCUCAUGAGAACAGUCAACAGGGGACACAGGGGGAAAGAUGCCUUUUGCUUAUAACACUCCCAUUUUAGGGCAGCUGGACAUUUUGUGAUAAUGCCAUGUGAUCACUGUGGGUCCCCUUUGCUUGCCCACAGAACCAGCAAAGGUGGACUGAUUGUACCUGUUAAGGAUGCUGUUUGUCACAGCAUCCCUGAGUGAUGCUGUGACCGUCACUCCAUCCCUGUGCCUGGGACUCGGCGUCCUUGGGGCUUGGAUAUGCCUUCCUGAGUUGGGAGUAAGUUUUAAAUACAUCCCAUUGUAGGGAGACUUUCUCUCAAAGGAGACUGUUUUUUUAAAGAUUUAUUGCCUAGCAGUACAGUGGCUUGAACGUGUCUCCCCAAACCUGUGUGAGUUUCACUGUGGCAGUGGAUGCCUGGUAAAAGUAGCUUUUUUGUUGUCUUGUGUCCUCUUGGUUGUUUUGUUGCUGUGGGGGUCCUCACUAGAUGUGGACACCUGGCUCUAGGGACACCUUGUCUUUCUGUUCCUCUUAUUACAGUUCUCAGAUCGUAGGUUGCUUAUGAAUUACCCCUCUCUAAAAACUCAGGUCAUGGAAACUUCUAGCGAGUGUAUGCACAUGACUGUAUUUUUAUAUACUCUGUUGUUUACCUAUUGGACUGCCAGAAUAGUACAGAGACAGGUUUUCUGUCUUCCUCCCCUUCUUUUUGUGCUGGGACUGAAGCCAAGGACCGAUACCUUCUAAGAAAGCACUUUAUUGCUGAGUUUCAUCCCUGGUCCUAAACAUAACUUUUAUAUGUACCAGGAAGUAAACAAACAAAACCAAUCAUGUGACUAAGCUGAUUGUAACUUUUUUUUUAAUUGCUGUGCCCUGGGACUGCUCUGCAGCAUUUCUGAGAUACGCCUUUGUGAGAAAUAAAUCCACUACUCUUUGACUAAA